CUCUCCUAUUCUAUCUCCAUCUCCAAUCAAAGAAACCAUCAUGAAGUUCACAAUCGCCCUCUUCAGCAUGCUGGCCCUUACCUCCGCCAUAUCCUCCCCCACCGCCGAAGGCGCAGAAUGCGGCGACCUAGACAUCAUGGCCGUCUCCAAAGCGGACCUCCCCGAAGGCGUCUCUCCUAGCGAUGUCCGCAAGUGCAAGGACCACCCGCUCGGCCGCAACAGGUCCCUCGAGGGUGCAUCUCUGGCACCCCAGGACGACAUUGAUCCCUCCCUCUCUAUCAACACCACGGCUACUAGCGAGGUGGAAGCACGUUCCGACCUCAACACCCUCGGAGAACGGUCCUGCUACAGCGCUGCGCCGUAUGGUUGCUCUAAAGGGUAUUGUUGGAAGGCCUGCGGAGAGAAUGGCGAGUGGUGUUGGACGGCCAGGAAGGCUGGAGUGGGGGCUUGGUACACCUGUAGUACUUAUAAGGAUUGUGGGACGACGACUUAUGCGUGUGGAGUAGGGUGUCCGAGUUGUGGGUGCGGUUGUUAGGGUUAGUAUUUAGCCCGGUGGGUUGGAUGGUAUUGCGUUGGCCUUGAUGUCUGGCAACUGGAAAGGGGUACGGAAAGUGUAUAGUGUAUAGUGCAG